AAACGCGGCCUUAAAAAGAUAAUAUUGGCCGCAGGUUGGCUUUAUAAGGGGAGAAGAAGAAGAAGAAGAAACAGCAAGAGAGAUGGCAACAUCGUCGUUUCUGCGUAACAGAUACUGGGUCCUGAGGCAUGGCAAAAGCAUCCCAAACGAGAAAGGUCUUAUUGUUUCUUCAUUGGAAAAUGGCAUUCGCCUUGAAUACCAAUUAGCAUCUGAAGGUGUUGAGCAGGCUGAGUUGGCUGGAAAAUUAUUCCUUAAGGAACUGAAGGAAAAUGACAUACCACUUGAAAAUGUGCGCAUGUGUUACUCACCAUUUGCAAGGACAAGACAUACGGCAGAGGUUGUUGCAUCCACUUUGAAUCUUCCAUUUGAGGGCCCUCAAUGCAAGGUCAUGGAAGAUCUUCGAGAACGUUACUUUGGUCCUUCGUUUGAACUUCUGUCUCAUGACAAAUAUACAGAAAUAUGGGCAAUGGAUGAAAAAGAUCCAUUCACAAGGCCAGAAGGUGGAGAAAGUGUCGAUGAUGUGGCUUCUAGACUUGCAAGUGCUAUGGCUACCAUGGAAUCAGAAUACGAAGGAUGUACGAUCUUGGUUGUCAGCCAUGGCGAUCCCUUGCAAAUCUUGCAAACCAUACUCAAUGCAGCUUCAAAACAGAUGGAACCAAGCUGCAAUGACCUAGCAUCGAGAAUUCAAGCAGUUAGAAUCCCUUCUAUUCUUUCACAGCAUCGAAAGUUCGCAUUGCUUACAGGAGAAAUCAGAGCUGUUCGAUAAUGAGCUGUUUCCCAUAAUAUUAUUUCUCGUGUGAAGUAAUAAUGUGGAAAAAAUUAGCCCUGUGUUUCAUGACUGAAUGAUGUACUUGACAUUCCUUUGAUCAAAUUUUCAUGUAUUGUUGACGUUAACUUUAAAGAAUAAUUUUGAAGUGAGUCAGAGAGAUUGCUUGGUCACAAA